GUCAAGCGGAGGUGGGAAGUGCACCCAGGAAGCUCCAGGUGCCCAUUUGUUCCAGCAGGAUCCACUUGGGGAAUCACUGCGGGCCAGUUAGCCAAGAGUUCCGGGUUUCUGCGCAGGAAAGAUCCUCACUAGAAUCCAGCAUGUCAAAUUUUUCCUCAAGAAAAAAGUCUCCUGCUGGAAAUGAUCCGAAGAGCACCCGGGGAGCUGCGCUGAGACAACAGGGUUUUCACGAUGUGAACAAAAGAAGGGCUUUCUUACAGGAUAACAGCUGGAUAAAGAAGCUCCCAGAGGAAGAAAAAGACGAAAACUACGGCAGGGUGGUGCUCAGCCGACAUAACUCCCAUGAUGCCUUGGACAGGAAAAUAACGGAGAGAGAUGAGCCCAAAGCCACAAUUAGCCGGUACAGAUCUGAGGACAUGCUGGACAGAUCGCUGUCCACGUUUAGAACUCCAGAAUCAACCAAGAUGCCAGCUGGCAGCUCCUUCAGUGCAAACACCACUGCCCCUUCAACCCCCGCUACCACUCCUGUGAAGAAAAAGAGACAGUCCUGGUUCCCACCACCCCCUCCUGGUCACAACGCCCCUCCAAGCGCCGGAGCGAGCAGAAGGGACCCGCCUCUUCACCCUCCACUACCUCCAAAGCCCUGUUCUCCCAUUGCUUCUCCCAAACAACUGAGGCAGAGUCAUAGGCAGAUGCACAUGGCCACAGCAGGGGCAUGUGGAGAAGUUGACAGACAUGCUGCGAGGAAUAUAAGGACCGAGGAUCUUGAUGACAUCAUCAGGGUGGCAGCUGCACUUCAGAAAACUGACAAGGGUGAAGAACUGGAUAAUCUCAUCAGAAUGAACAAAAGCUUGAACAGAAACCAAGGUCUCGAUGGCCUCUUCCGAGCAAACCUGAAGGCACAGCAGUUAGACAAAAGAGCCCAGAGUCUUGAAAGUCUAAUCUAUAUGAACACCCAGAUGGACAGAGAUGGCAAAGGAAAUCAAGCCUUCGGGAGCCUUAAGAAAAUCAACCAAAGGGCUGACACCGAGAGAGGAAGCCAAGAUCAGAGAUCGAUUAUCAGAACAAAUGCCAUGGCAGAGAGAAGCAGCAGAAGAAAACAAGACCUUGGUGGACUGAUUAACGUGAACCCGGAAACAAAUAAAAGUAUGAAGAGGGGCCAGAGCCUUGAAAAUCUUAUCAAAGUCACUCCGGAAGUAAACAGAAGUAGCAAAGGGGGUCAAAGUCUUGACAAUUUCAUCAAAGGGAUUCCUGCAACGGACAGAGCUAAUCAAGGGAACCAAGGCCUGGACAGUCUUAUGAAGGUGACCCCAUCAGCAAACAAAAGCAAUCAACACAGUCUUGAUGAACUUGUUAACAUAAGCCCCAAAACUGUCAAAACUACUACUGGACACCAAGAUCUUGAUAAGUUCAUCAAAGUCAAUGCUGAUGUUCUUACGAACCACCAAAGGAACCAUAAUCUAGACAACAGCAUCAGAGGGAAUCCUACAGUGAACAGAUGCGACCAAAGCCAUGACUUGGACAAUCUUAUCAAAGUGAAGCCUUCUGCUAUCCGAAACCCAAAUGGAGACCAGGACCUAAAAGGUUUAACUGAAGUAAAUUCUCAUGUGUCUGAAGAUAAGAAUGGAAGGGUAGAUGGCCAAGCCAAUGGAGUCACUAACAGUCUGCUCAAAGAAUCCCCAAGAACAUCAGUCUAUUCUCAUGAAACCAAAACCAGCCUCAGCUCCAAUUCUGGAACCAGGAAUGCUGGGCCCAAGGACACUGUUGUUUACACACGGACAUAUGUGGAGAACAGUAAAUCGCCAAAGGAUGGAUAUCAGGAAAAUAUCUCAGGAAAAUAUAUACAAACUGUUUAUUCAACUUCAGAUAGGUCUGUCAUUGAAAGAGACAUGUGCACUUACUGCCGCAAGCCCUUGGGGGUAGAAACCAAAAUGAUUUUAGACGAAUUACAGAUCUGCUGCCACUCCACCUGCUUUAAGUGUGAAAUCUGCAAACGGCCUCUGGAAAACUUACAAGCAGGAGACAGUAUUUGGAUUUACAGACAGACAAUACACUGUGAGCCUUGCUACUCUAAAGUGAUGGCGAAAUGGAUUCAAUAAUGCUGACACGGAGAAGCGAAGACAAACACCUUCACUGAGGAACUUAAAGCUACAUUUUAAGAAUAUGUAAUCUCAAAAUAUUUACACUGAGCAUCAGCUCUUGUUUCAAAAUAACAAUUCUGUUGUUGAACAAAUAAUCUAAUGACUUUGAAGAGGGUCACAUGUGUGAAAAGAACCAUCUGGCAUCUGGCAAGGUUAAGUGAUUAAAAAAAAAUCUACAUAGUUCUAGUUCCCUAAGUCAAUGGCCGUGAGCGUUCUCAACUCUCAGCGGGUCAUCCCUGCUCCAUAUUUGGCUGCCCAUCCUGGUUUCCAUUAUAGCCGAGUUUCUCAUCUUCUAUGUCCUCCUAAUAAUUUGUAUCAGUAUUAUUGACACCCUGACAAAUAGGCUGAUAGAAGCAAGAUAUACUUCUUUUUCUACAAAAGAAAAUGCACAUAGAAAUCUUCUUAUACAAAUUUGCUUCAAGAUGUCAUUGUCCCAAGUCGUUUGAACCUUAGGAAAUCACUUCAAGCUUCCAGCUUUCUGUGACAUUAUCUGUGACACCAUAGAUCUUCGACAACUGAUUUCUAAGUCCCCCUCCCCAUUGCUUUUCCUAUCCUCCAAAUCUAAAAGAACUUGAGUUUCCUAUUUAGAAACAUGCUGGUAUAUUUGUUAGCUAUAUUGGAAAAAUAUAAAUAAUUUCAUCUGAGUGUCAUCCUUCAGUUUAUCCCAGGCAUAGCUUUUGAGAACUAUUCUUACAACUGAAAUAAAUAGCUCUACGGGUGAUAGGUGAAAUCAGAUAAUGUGUAAUUUGUUACAUUUUAUUUGCAUGUGUUUCAAAAUCUGGGUGAUCAAAUAAUCUGAGAAGUGAUAGCUAUGUAUUACAAACAUGUUAUGUAUGCUCGUGUUAUAAACAGCCUAUGUUUACAGAAGGCUCACCACAAUAAAAUGAACUGUCAAUUUCUGCAAUGUUUGCA